AGCUGUUCCAUAUAAGUAUGCUGGCUGGUGUUCCACCCCUUGAGAGUGGAUGCAGUUCUUGGAACUAGGUGAAUACCCAGGGGAUGCACCAUUGGUUGCUUUUCUAGUACUUUCCCCAAGUAGAUUAAUCCAGCAUUUUCAACCUUAACUUUGUUAAAAAGGCACCUAGGGAAUUUAAAAGUAAAUACUAGUGCUAGGGGCCUGUCCCACUGAAUAAAAAUCUAAGGGAUGGAGUUGAGAUAUCAGUGAUUUUUAAAAGCCCCCAAGUGAUUCUUAGAGUGGACAAUGUUGAGAAUCUGUGAUCUAAAUCAACCAUAGUAAUUCUACUUCCUCUGCCAGUAGUUGGUUUAAGAAUGAACAUAUGGUACAAUUUUCACCAAUGGAAUACAGGGAGAAAUACACUGAUGACCUUUGGAUAAAGUUUUCCUAUCUUUAAAAUGGACACAAGAAUGAAACCUGCUUUGUCCUCUGUUGCCCUCAGGGAGCAGAGCAGAGCAGGGCCCUGGAGUCUCCCAGUCUUUCUUAAUUUUUUUAGUACUGCUAAAAGGAGCCAGUGGUGAUUUUUUUUUUUUGGAGGGGGAUGUCUUUUUGUUUCAUUUCUCUUUCUCCUUGUAUUAGCUUGGGGCUUAAUUGUGUUAUAGUAGCAUAACGUGAUAUCCCUAUUGGUAUACUACUUAUAUUAAAUGAUGUAAAAUAUCAGUGCCAUCAGCUUUUCUCUCAGUGAGUAGCAUUUAUUUCAUGAAACCCAGAUAUCUAUUGUAUCUGGAAGCAGUGUAUUUUUUGCUGGUGUUACCUCCUGUUUCUUUGGUGCACAGUCCUCUAGUUCAACUAUUUUUUGUUUUCAUGAACUCUUACCUAUAUAAGUUUCCUUUGUUCUUGUAAUAAUGAACUGAUUCUCCAUAUGUCAUAUUUUUGGUAUUGCCGCUAGGUCUAAAGGGCCUAUUCUAAUUUAUCACCAGGUGUGAUCUCAUACUUUAUAUCAUAGUAUAAUUUACAGGUAAUAAAACAACACACUUAAAAAAUAUAUACAGUUGUGUAACUAUUAUCACAGUUAAUAUACAGAACAGUUCUAUCAUUGCAAAAAUUUCCCUCAGCCUCCUCUGUCGUCAGCCUCUUUCCUUACCCCAGCCACUGAUUUGUUGGGUGAAUAUGCAUUUCAGAGGAGAGGAGCCUCUUCUGUAAGAGCACGUGGACCCAGGGGCUCCCACACUGCAUUUGCAGGUAUCAUUUCCCUCCUAGAGCAACCAGAGAUGUUUUGUUCAGGGCCCCUACUCCAGUUCCCGGUUGAAUCAAAGAGUGGUUUCUUCCCCAGUCUGAAUCAUCCCCCUUCUUUUUCCUGAUAAUUAUAUUUUGAACAAGGUUUCAUCUUGUUCCACUGCUGCCUUGGGCCUAAUUUUCUGUGUAACAGAGAAGGGAUUUUUAAAUGAUUAUUUUGUGCAAUCAGCAAUUGGGCAAGCUUGCAGCUCUUGAAGUACAACAGAAUCCCUCUCUUGUUCGUAUUUGUACUAUUCACUCACUGAUGUGCUGUAUUAGAGCUUAAUAUCUUACUAAAGAAACCUGGUCUUUGCUUCAGAGAUCACUUGAGAACUUUACAACGUAUGUGACCUCAUUCUGAGUAUUAAUUUGUAUUAUAAACUACUAAAGAGAGAGAAGUAAAUCUCUACCAACCCUAAUUGUUGGUUAAAUUUUUAAGAUCAGCCACUUUAUCAUUUUGAUUAUUUUAAAAAACACAUUGUUAACUGUCCUUCUCUCUGCUCUCCCUCCCUGCAUCUAAGAAAUACUAUAAAUACAACUGAAGCUCCCUUUGUUCUCUUUCCCAGUUCUUCCUUACCUCCUCACAAAGGUAACUACUAUCUCCAGUUUGGUGUUUUCUUUCCCUCUAAUGUCUAUAUUAAUUCUUUUUAAAGAAAAAGCUACUGUUAUGGUUUCUACUUAUUUAUGUAAAUCCAAAGAGUGAUUUGGUCUUUGAGUGUUGUAUACCAGUGUAAGGAUAGACCAGCCGAACAGAAAAGAGCCCAGAUCAGGUACCCCCGAUCCCCCACCCCUGCCCUUUGCUUACUUGAUACCAUAUGAGAGAUGGUGAUGCAGAUAAGUGGGGAAGAAAAGGCUGUCCAGCAAAUGGUCCUGGGACAGUUGGUUCUUGGAUCCCUCCUUAACACCGUAAUCAGAAAGAAACAUCAGUAUAUUAGGAGACCUACAUGUGAAAAGCAGAGCUGUUAAACUUUGGAAGAAAAUAUAGGUGAAUACUUUGUCACUCAGUGGGGAAGAAUUUCUUAAAUAAGAUGCGUAAGAGAAAAAAUUGGUAAAUGUGAUUAAAGUUUAAGGCCUCUGGUCAGAGAAAUAAUAUCCAGGAUGUCUUGUAAAGAACUCUUUUACACAAAUUUUUUAAAAAGACAACCUGAUAGAAAAAUGGCCAGAAGACAAUGAACAACUAACAGAAAAGAAGACUUGAAUCUCUACACAGCAAAGAGUCACUGAAAGGCGAUACAGAAAGCCCUGUGUUUGCAUUUCCCCUGCUCUUAAAAAUGGAACCCCACAUUGAAAAGCUCUUCAUGUAUUCUUUUUCUUGGAACUUUGAAUGUUCACAGUGUGGACACAAGUAUCAAAACAGAUGUAUGAAGAAUCUAGUCACCUUCACAAAUGUCACCCCUGAGUGGCACCCACUUAAUGCUGCCCAUUUUGGUCCAUGUAACAAUUGCCACAAUAAGUCACAGAUAAGAAAAAUGGUAUUGGAAGAAGUAUCUGCCAUAUUCAUGUUGCACUUUGUAGAAGGCUUGCCGCAUAAGGACUUGGAGCAAUAUUCAUUUCAUUUUGGAGGCUGUCUUUAUCACAUAACUUCUGUAAUUCAGUACCAAGCAAAUAAUCAUUUUAUAACGUGGAUUUUAGAUGCUGAUGGAAGCUGGCUGGAGUGUGAUGACUUAAAAGGCCCGUGUGCUGAAAGACGUGAGCAAUUUAAAGUGCCUGCUUCAGAGAUACAUAUUGUUAUUUGGGAAAGAAAAGUGUCCCAAAUGGCAGAUAAAGCAGCUGCCUGCCUUCCACUUAAAAAGACUGAUGCCCAGCCCGCUUCCGGAGAUGAGGAGCAAGUGUCCCCGGCGGCGUUUCCUGUGGCUGACGCUGCCUCAGCUGAAGCGUCCUCAGGAACUCAGCCCCCAAAUACGUCCGUUGCUCCCACUCUUUCAUGGGAUGGAGUUGUAGCUCUUGAACAUCAUUUACUUCCAAGCCCAAAAGGUUUGGUUGACAGUAUUUUACCUUUGACAUUUGAAGAAACGCAGGUUAAAUCUGAAGGUUUCCCAUUAGUAAAUAAACCUGUGGCAGAAAAUGGAGGAGUUGUCAGAACAAAUACUUCACAAUCCCAAGAACCACUAAUGGCUUCUCUAGUAUCAGCUUCGUGUAAGGAAAAGCUUACCCAAGACCCGUGUGUGGAAUUAAGUUUUCCAUCUCAAAUUGUGAAUGCAGACAUGCAGUCUGUACAGCUGAACACAGAAGAUACUGAAAUGACUGAACCCGUGAAUAAUGUCCGUGCUCUUGAUCCUAUACAGGAAGUAAAAGCAAUAGAAAUUGAAGGUACAGUUUCCUCAGAGAAGGACACUCCACUAAAAGAAUUUAUUUCACCAAAAACAGAGAAAUUAAAACCAGAACAUCAUGUUACACCUCAGGUAUCUAAUUUGAAGAAGAAAGAAACUGCAGCAUGUUCUCAAACCGUAGCAGCUAAGUCAUUACAGAAUCCAUCUCUGAAAGAGACUCAGAAGAAACCAUUUGUGGGAAGUUGGGUUAAAGGCUUACUAAGCAAGGGUGCAUCUUUUAUGCCACCCUGUGUUUUAGCUCAUAGUAGAAACACCGUAACUGAUCUGCAGCCUUCAGUUAAAGGGGCCAGUAAUUUUGGUGGCUUUAAAACCAAAGGUAGAAACCAAAAGGCCAGCCAGGCAUCCAGGAAAGCUCACAGGUGUGCACGUAAGCCUCCCUCAGUUGGGGACCCUCCGCCAAGUGACCCUCUGCCAGGGGACGUGGCUUCUCAUCUACAGGCCAACGUCAGUGCUGCUUCAGAAGUUUUGAAGAACAGUGAAAACACCUCACAAGGAGCUCACCUCAGCCACAAUUCCUGUGGCAAUGAAAAUGGUGUUUCUUCAGUAAACCAUGGAGACUCAGUUGAGGGUCAGAUUCAUAAGCUUCGUCUAAAACUUCUUAAAAAACUUAAGGCAAAAAAGAAGAAACUGGCUGCUCUUAUGUCUUCGCCCCAAAAUGGAACGCCUGCAAGUGAAAAUGUAGAACCUGUGUCCCAGUGUGGGUCUCCUAAUGACUGUGACUCAAUAGAAGUCUUGUUAAAAGAACUACAAUAUCAAAUUGAUAUUGCCGAUAAUAAAUCCGGAUGCACCACAGUUUCUAGUGUUUCCUCUUACAGUGGUCAAACUCAUGAAGAAAUUUUAGCAGAAUUACUGUCUCCUUCAACUGGUGUUUCAACAGAACUCUCAGAAAAUGGGGAGGCUGACUUUAGAUACUUAGAAAUGGGAGACAAUCCCAUCCCAGCACCAGUCCCUAAUGAUUUAGACAGUACUCCCCCCAACAUACAUCUGAGACAGGACCACAAUUACUGCAGCCCCUCCAAGAAAAAUCAAUGCCAAGUUCAACCAAACUCUCUCACAAGUAAUGCCUGCAGUAGAACAUUGAACUGGGAAAGUUCUGUGAAGACUGAUAUUUUUGAUGAAUUUUUUUCCACUUCAGCAUUAAACUCUUUAGCAGAUGACACAGACUUACCUCAUUUUGAUGAAUAUCUGUUUGAGAGUUGUUGAAAACUCUUUUUAAUAUUUAGUACUGCUCUUGGAAAAACUUGCCAUGAUUUUAGGUGGUGUUGAUACACUGGCCUUGUCAUGAACAAAAUGUGAGCUACUGAAGGUUCUACCUUUGGUUCUGCCCUUAAAGCAUGCAAUCUGUUUCACAAUUUAAAAUGUUGAGGAAUUUGUUUUCCGUGUUGGCUUCAUUAGUACUUUUGGAGAAUGAGGAUUUCAAAAUGAUUUUAAAAAGUUGUGUCAAUUUUCUGGCAUUUUGAACAGUUGGGUAUAUUAAAUACCUACUUUUUAAAUUUGGGGUCUGUUCCAGAAAAACACUAAUCUUUAUGAAUGUAAAUGACUAUAUGGUAUAUGAAUGUGUGACGGUGUUACUACUGCUUCUUAUACAGAUGGAGUGCCGUGGAAUGUAAACUUCCCCCAUACAACUCUUCUCCUUUUUCUCCCCGUACAAAGGAUGGCAGGAAACCUUGUUAGUACAACUUUAAUGUUACAUGAUGAGUAAAUGAUCUAUAAUAGAAAAAGUCUGUUUUUGUGUUGAUGUGCAAAUGGUAUAUAACAAAUAUCUUUCUCCCUGAGAAAUUUAUUUGUGACCAGGGUGGGACACCAUCCAACAGUUCUAUUUUGAGAGAAAAUAAUAACCUUGCUAUCAAGGCCAAGAGCCAAGCACUGUUAUAAAUCUCAGCGGUAAGGCAGUUAAAAAAAUGAAAAAGGAAAUUCUUGCUCUUCAGGAUUUUGCAUUUUAACAAGGAAGAAUAUAUAGUGUUAGGUGGUAAUAGGAGAUACAGUUGAUUGUUGCUAUUUGUGGCAGCUUUGCUAUAAAGUUUCCAUGAACCCUGAAUUAGCAAAUUCUGAACCUUUUCUCCUAGGGGAAAUAGAGUUAGUUUUGUGUGAGCCUCUGAUCACCAUGUUUUCUUGACCCACAGAUUAACAAAUAACCUUGCUUUUGUUUGUUUCUGUUUAAAGAUGCCUUAUGUAAUAUAUAUUGUUGAUGAAUAAACAUUUAGCACAAGGCCAACAAUGUCAGAGGGGAAUGUAUAUGGCAAGUGACUCAAAUUUUUCACUGCUCUGUGUUUGCCCAUAAAGAACCAUGAAUACUAUAUUGGUUUUUAUAAUUUGCAAAUAAAUGUUAGCAAAUAGGUGAAUUCACAAACACAA